AUGUCAGCAUCCCAAAGGAGGAUCGAUCUGGAUUCAAUCCCUGUAGAAUAUCUUCAGUCGUAUCCCUAUCCAGCAUUCGUGCUGGUCGUACCUAUAUCCUCCGAAUCACCCACACAAGACACCAACGUAGCUGGACCAUCAUUCACACAUGUGGAGCACGAGGUUUUCCAGCCCUUUGAGGUAGUAUGGUCCAACACCAAAUACCAGACGUAUACACAAGGGAGCACUCUAUUAGAAUGCUUGGAUGUGGAUGGUGCGAGAAAGUUAGGGAAGUGGAUCGGUGGACAGGGGGUCCAGCAUCCGAGUGGAGAUAGUAGCGUGAAGGGGAAAGACAAAGAUCACACGUUUGCCAGUGAUUUUACGAUCGAUACCACCUCAGGUGAUGGACCUAUACGACCUCAAGUGAAGGUCGGAGAGCCAUCCAGCACAGGAGGUCCGUAUAGUCCUAGAACUGUUCUAGGUCCCUCUUUGAUCGAUCAAGACCACCUCGAACCGAGUAUCACCCCAACCUCAUCCUUCUCCGAGAAUAAACCUCUAUUGCUCAACUUUGUUCAUCCAUCAACAGCUUCAUUUGAGCUGAUCAAGACAAAUUUACCUAUAUGGCGCACCGGUAGAACAGGUGGAAGUGGUAAAGCACGGAUGACCACACAUUCAUUCGUUAUAAUCACUACAAUUCCUCGUUCAGACUCAGACACCGUUCCACCUUCAUCCUCGUUUUCUGAUCCGGAUCCAUUCAUGUUAACUCCAAUGAAAGAGAAAUCAAAUUUCCUAUCGCGUCAAGACGAACUACCAGAAACACCAGUCAUCCCCAAAACGACCGUUCUCUCACCUUCUACAUCUCCUUCCCACAAAUCACUUACUCGACCUAUACCAGCUGCGACCAGUUCAGACCCCGCGCUCACCCAUAAAGCCGUGACGCCAACGGAGGAAUUGAAUGGGUUCGAUUUUACAUCGAAGAAGCCUGGGGCGAUACGGUUUGGAAGGGAUGGGACAGUGACUACAUCUAAUCCGGAGGGGAACAGGCGGGAUCUGGUCGCGGACGUACAUGAUCUGAUGGAAUCGACAGAUUGGUCACAAACUCCUUUAGGACCUAGAGAGCAGUGGCCACAGAGUCUGAAAACUAUCGUCUCACUCGUUUUGCAUUACCCACAUCAAUGUUGUUUAUGGUGGGGAAAGGAAUUGACCUUGAUAUACAAUGAGGCUUAUGCUCAGAUGAUGCAUAAACAUCCCCAUAUAUUUGGAAUGUCCGGUACAGUCGCUUGGGCAGAAAUUUGGAAUGCAUUAGGACCUUUGUCGGAACUAGUAUUGAGUGGAACACCAGUAUGUAAAGAGGAUGACUUCUUACUGUUUAAGCAGCUUCCUCAUCAGGGUAACGGAAUCAUAGAAGAGUAUCAUACAUGGAUGUGGGUCCCAGUCUUACAGGAAGAUGGUACUUUUGGAGGACUGUGGAAUGCUACUAUAGCUACCACGAGUAAAGUAUUAGCGGAAAGGCGGAUGGCCACUGUACAAGAAAUGGGUCAGAGGACGUCUAUUGCAAAAACGAUGACGGAGUUUGACGAUGCUGUCAUCGAUAUUUUGGCGGCGAACGCUCGUGAUGUACCAUUUGCAGCUUUCUACCACGUCGAUAUCCCCUCAUCAACAUCUCGACGUGGUUCAGGUGGAUCGGUUGAAGUGACCAGAGAUGGUGAUCAAUCCGACAACAUCAGAUUAAAUGUCCGAUUGGCAGGAGCUAUUGGUAUACCUGACGAUCACCCGACUACGCCUUCGAAUCUAUCUAUCAACAUACGAACGAGACUGCGAGGCAGUAAUGCUACCCCCUUCCGUGCUGCUCCGAGAUCGCCCACAUUAUCUAUUCUUUCGUUAUCUUCUGGGGCACCAGUCCCAUCUGCUCCGUCGUCCGUAACAGAGGGCAGCGACACGGCAGAGACAAAUCAUUGGCCAAUUCGAGAAGCACUGUCAUCGAAUAGAUUGGUAAUGGUGGAGAAUUGUGAAGGUCUUAUACAUGAUUUUCCAAUCAGAGUAUGGGAUGAAUUACCAACCGCAGCGGUGGUCAUUCCGAUAGCGAAUGAGUCGAAUGCUGGUGUACCGAGUGCUGUGUUGAUCUUGGGACUCAACCUUAGACGACCGUUUGAUGAAGACUACGAAUCAUUUAUAUUGGCAUCAGGUAUAGCAGCCGUAAGGUCUUAUGAAGCUGAGAGACAGAGAGUAGAGGAACUUGCAGCGUUAGAUCGAGCAAAGAGUCUACUAUUCUCGAACGUCAGUCAUGAACUCAGAACACCUCUGACACUUAUUGCUGGUCCUCUCGAUGAUUUAUUGCAAGAAGCGCCUGAGGGUCAAAAGAAAGAUACCCUAAUCAUGGCUCGUCGGAAUGUCCGUCGACUAACACGACUUGUAUCGACUUUGAUGGACGUUAGCCGACUGGAAGCUGGUCGAUUGAAAGGUUCUUUCCAACUUGUAAACCUUGGAAUGAUGACGCGGGAUUUGGCAGUCCUGUUCAAGGGUGCGAUGGCUCAAGCCAGAUUGGAUUAUAUCAUCGACUGUGAUUUAUCGUCUAGAGCUGUUUAUGUUGAUACAGAACAUUGGGAAAAAAUCGUUUUCAAUCUGAUAGGAAAUGCCAUGAAAUAUACGUUGGAAGGUUUUGUCUCUAUCAAACUUCGAUAUCAGUCGGGAGAAGCUGUUUUCACUGUUCAAGACAGCGGAGUUGGUAUACCUUCCUCGGAUAUAAACCUUAUUGGCGAACGGUUCCACCGUGUUCAGUCGGUCAGUCGGUCUCAUGAGGGUACAGGAAUAGGUUUGGCAUUAAUCAAGGAACUUAUCAAACUCCAUGGAGGACUGAUGGCUAUCGAAAGUACGACGGCAUUGGAAUCCCAAGACGGCACUCACGGUUCAACAUUCGCAGUAAGGAUUCCCCUCGGCACAGGUCACCUACCGUCCGAUGCGAUCGAAGAUGAACAAAUCGUCCGAAAUUCCCAGACCACCUAUGGUCAAGGCAUCCUCGAUGAGGCGAUGCAAUGGACUCGUGAGAGACGAAAUAGUACUGGUACCCCAAGUUCUGAAGUUGGCAGUGCUUUGGAGGAAACGAGCAGCCGAAGCUCCAGAAGCUUAGAUCCUAAUACACUGUACUUUAAGAAGGACGAUGUGAUCUUGCUUGUAGAUGACUCAUUGGACACACGUCGCUAUAUGAGCUCCAUCUUCGCUCCUUUAUGUACAGUAAUCGAGGCUGGUGAUGGUCUAGAGGCACUAGACUUGUGUGAGAGGCGUAUGCCUGAUUUGAUAAUUUCGGAUGUGAUGAUGCCUAACUUGGAUGGAUUCGGUCUGCUCGAAGCGCUCAAAGCGUCUCGAGAACUUUCGAUCAUCCCAGUGAUAAUGCUUACUGCUCGAGGAGGGGAUGAAGCCAAGGUGGACGGUCUUCUUGCUGGUGCCGAUGACUAUCUUGCAAAACCAUUCAAUUCCCGUGAAUUGCUUGCUCGAGCACAUAUGCAAGUACAAUUAGGUAAAAGGCGUAAAUCGCUGGAAGAUGCUUUCGAUCAGCGGACAUCGGAAUUACGUGCUUUGACGGAAUAUUCUCCCGUGGGUAUCUUCAAAACCACGGAAGAUGGGACUGUCACAUAUACGAACAAGACGUGGCACGAGCUCUCUGGGUAUCCGGAAGAUGAACCAGUUGAUCGUUGGGAAGAAUACAUUGGAGAGAAGUAUAGAGCCGAGAUGCUCGCACACUGGGAUCGGGUUCUACAUGGGACAGAUGAAGACAUUUGGAUCUCAUAUGAUUAUCAGUUUACGAAUGGUAUUUGGGCGCAAUUGAAAGCGAUUCGGCUUGAUAAGAUGGGCGAUAGAGUUACUGGAGCGAAAAUGAAAGGAAUACUUGGAUGUGUGCACGACAUCACUGAACGCAAGUUGAACGAAGAGUCGCAGAGACUUCGGGUCAUCGAAGCUGAACAAAGGAGAAAAGAAGCCGAAGAAGCGAAACGACAACAAGAGCUUUUGAUAGAUAUAACGUCUCACGAGAUCCGGAAUCCAAUCAGCAGUCUUAUGCAGAUAAGUUCCCUCCUACUCCAUCACAUGACGUCUCGUCUAACGUCUUUGUGUCUUUACUGCUCUUCCUUAGUGAAAACCAAUCUUCUAUCCUUGCAGGAGCAGCUUGAAGUUGUAUAUGAAAAACAAGGGUCAUUCACCCCCACCAAACAGCUACUCAAUAAUAUCGAAGAAGACUUGGACGCUUUGGAAAGUAUCUAUCAGUGUGGAUUGGCUCAGGAGAGAAUAUCGAAUGAUGUACUGUCUUUGGGGAAGAUACAACUUGAAAUGUUUGAUGUCGAAGUUGACAUGACUCGAGAGACGAAGAAAGUCAUGUCGAUAUUCCAGAACGAAGCUCGUAUGAAGAGAAUCAACCUUUCCUUGGAACUUGGAACAGGAAUUGAAAAAUUAGGUUUGACAACUGUUAAGACGGAUCCUGUGAGAUUGAAUCAGAUCGUUACCAACCUGUUGUCGAACGCAAUCAGAUUUACCGCAAUGAGUGGCAUUCGACGUAUCACCCUCAAAUACGAUGUCAGUUUUGAUCCACCAGUGAACGACGCUUGUGUCAUGCCUGGUCAACCCAAAUUACCCAAACAGAUUUUGGACGAUCAACCGAUAUAUCUAUACUUUGCAGUGACGGAUACAGGACCUGGUAUGACUGAAUCUGAACUGGAGAUGCUGUUCCAAAGAUUCUCUCAGGUAUCUUUGAAAACACAUACGAUCUUUGGUGGUUCGGGAUUAGGAUUAUUCGUUUGUCGACUGGGCGGUAAGGUAGACGUGACCAGUCAAAAGGGCAAAGGCAGUACUUUCCGAUUCUUCAUCAAAGCGAAAACGUGUCCAGUUCCUCCUAAGGAAAUUGAAAGUAACAAGGAAUCGAAGGAAUUGAGCAAGAAGUCGGCGUUGAUGAAAUCGAAGAAAAAGGAUAUAUUCCAAUUUGAUGGCAAGAAACCUCACGUGUUGAUAGUGGAGGAUAAUUUGAUCAAUCAGACUGUUUUGGCUAGACAAUUGAGACAUUGUAACAUCACUUGUGAUGUCGCAAGUAAUGGUUUGGAAGCUUUGGAAAAGAUCCGAUUGGUAUCUUCGGUUGAUGUCCCGCAUGUUCAGCCGUUCGAUUGUGUUUUGAUGGAUCUCGAGAUGCCUGUCAUGGAUGGAUUAACGGCGUUAGAUCACAUAAGGGAGGAAGAGGCUGCUGGAAAGUUGAGGAAGAAUUUGGUCAUUGCACUUACUGGAAAUGCCAGACAAGGCCAAAUAGAUGAAGCGAAAGCAAGAGGAAUGGAUGAGGUCAUCAUAAAACCAUAUAGACUGGACGAUUUGCUCCAGAAAGUAGAAGAGAUGAUGAAGAUCCGAGUUUCGGAAGCAUCCAACCCGACAUCACCUAAUUUGAAUGAUUAA